UUAGCGGUUAAUAAUGUUAAUAUCUUUUGAAAUAGGAUAAAUAUGAAAUAUUUCAUUUUAUCGUCAUGAAUGAUUUAAUAGAAUAUGAAGAUUUUUUACCUAGCGUUAGAAAGUCUUUAUAUGGAAAAGCUCAAGUUGGUGUAAAACCAAACAAAAAGGCUCAUCGAAAGUUAAAGAAAGUUAAAUUUAAUACUGACCAUAUUAGAGAUAAUAACAGUUCAAAAUCUGAACUUCAAAGUACGAAAUCAGAAAAAUUGAAGAGUAGAAAGAAUACCCCGUUUAAAAAGAAAAUAAAAAAAGAGCCGCUAUUGCAUGAGGUUGAUUCUUGGAGUCAACCACAAAAACUUGAAAAAGAUGGACAUAAACAUAUUCAAAAGAAAAAACCUAAGAAGGUGGUUAUUUCAUUUAGUAGUAGCAGUGACUCUUUUGAUGAAGACUUAAAGGAUGCUCAAUUGACUCCAUCAAAGUCCGAGUUGGAAACUUUCCAAAAUACCAUUAACAAAUCUUUUAAAAGGAAGUUGAGUGAUAUGAUUGAAUCAAGUGGUGAAGAUGACGAAGAUGAAAGUGGCGAUAAUUUUGAUUUAGAAACAUAUUUUAAUACCCAUGAAAUCAGUGAUCUAAAUGAAUCAGUUACAGAAGCCCAUUCAGGAAUUGACCAUGAAUUUUUAAGUGACUAUGCUAUAGACGUUAAAAUUAUGGAAAGUGAUUCUUUGUGCAAUCAGAAAGAAGCUGUUAAAAUUGAAACUGUUAAUGUAGGAGAGAGUGAUGAAGAUUUGAAUGAAGAUAUUGUUUCUGAAUUCAGUACUGAGAAGAAGAUUGAAUUAAUAACCGAUAAAAUUCAAGAGGCAGUUAUAAUCAGUGAUGAUAACUGGAAAGAAACUAGCUUCACGAGUCUCGAAGACAGCCAGCAGUUUCAAGAAGAUAAUCUUUUAAAAGAAACUAAUUCUACAGACUUUGAAGAAAAUCUGAAGUUUCAAGAAGAUGAACUUUCAAAUUCAACUGCAGAGUAUCAUGAUUUUGGUGAUAAGAAAGUAGUUGUUUUAAAUAGAAAUCAGUCCAUAUCAUUUCACGGAUUGUUCAACUUAAAAGUUUUAUAUGGAAAAAUUGAAGUACUUGGUGGUAUUUUAGACAGCAGUUCAAAUGCGGCAAAUUUAUAUUCUCCACGAGGUUCUGCAUUAUUAUACAUAAAAAAUGUAACACAUUUUCAAGACACUGACGAAACUAUAAAUGUCAGUCAGUUAAUUUCCACUAAAAAUAAUUUAGAAAAAGAUAUAUUUGUAGAAGCAAAUUGUGGAGUUGUACUGUGUUCUAAGUUAGAAGAUACUAAACUGUUAUUUUUAGAGAAAUAUGUUCCUCAAAAAAUAUUUCCAAGAUUGGAAAACGAUAAUGCACCUCAGGUAAUUUUUGAACCGACUGGAAAUUUAAAUACAAUAAAAACAAGUUCUGUUUGGGAUGAAGUCCUUGACGAUGUAGAUUGGAAUACCAAAUUAAUGAUAACCGGUGGAAAAGGUGUAGGAAAAAGUACUUUACUGAGAUUUGCAAUUAAUAGACUUCUAAAUAAAUUUGAUAAAAUCAGGGUGUUGGACUUGGAUCCUGGUCAGUCAGAAUUUACAGUGCCAGGCUGUGUUUCCGUUGUAACCGUGACGGAGCCUAUUUUCGGACCAAAUUUUACUCAUUUGAAAAAGGCGAACAGGUCUCUUCUAUCUAAUAUCAACGUCGCACAUGAUCCUCGGGCUUACAUAAAUUGUAUAAAAUCCAUCGUCGCCUAUUUGGAAACCUUAGAGGAGUGUCCAAUUUUAAUUAACUACAUGGGUUUCGUACAAGGAAUCGGCCUUAAUAUAGUCACUUCGGUGAUAAAAUGCAUACAGCCAACUGGUAUCAUUCAGAUAUGCAGCAAGAACCAGAAGAGAAAUUUUAAAGAUGAUUUAACGUAUAAGGUCGUGAAAGAAAAUUGUACGCUGUUUUGUGACGAUCAGCUGGAAUUGAAUUAUAAGUUGUACAAGGUACCCGCGCUGAACGAUGAGAAUGACGGAUGGACACUCGAACCUCGUCAGUCCAGAGAAAUGUACGUUUUGGCGUACUUUGGCCAGAUGAUGCGAAAUGGGGUGAAUUCGUUAACAAGUUGUGACGUACCCAUGUAUGAAGUACAUCUGCCCUCGAUAAAAAUUACAAAUCUGCAAGGAGAAGACGUAGCUCCUGCUGUGACUAAUGCAAAUAUGGUAGCUUUGUGUUACUUACAACAAGAAUUAAAUGUUUUUAGAUGUAUGGGUUAUGGUGUUGUUAGAGGAGUAGAUUUAGAGAGCAACAAGUUGGUGUUAGUAACACCAGAAGAGAUCAAGGUUUUAGAAGACGUUUAUUAUUUGGUAAUGGGGAGCGUUUUUCUGCCACCGGCGAUUUAUAUGGCCCCGGAUGACGUGACUGGAACCAUUCCUUAUGUUAUGGAGGGGGAGCUCGUAUCACUUGGCCAAAUUACAAAAAGAUCCUAUUUGCCUGCGAACAAAAAGUGAAAAAUACGUUUUUAAUAUUGUUUUAUUUGUUUUUUUUUUGAGUUGAUAUUUUUGUAUUAAGAUUUGAAUA